CACUUCUAAACUUACCUCUUCCACUAAUUCCUGGCUGAAGCUGAAGCUGAAGCUGAAGGACAACCAAAUUCCUUCUCAAGCUUCCUUUCCCCUUCAACAAUGGCGGUCACUUCACAAUCACCUUCUUCCUCCGCUGCCACUGCUGCUCCUUCUCACCUUACCAACCGCUUCUCCAUUCCCAGAUUCCGCCACGUCUCUAACCAUUCCCGCCCCUUCCCUUCCUCCACAUACAAUCCACUCACCAUCGUCGCCAUGGCCCCUCAGAAGAAGGUGAACAAAUACGACGACGCUUGGGAGAAGAAAUGGUUUGGAGCUGGAAUCUUCUACGAGAGCGCGGAAGAUGUGGAAGUGGAUGUGUUCAAGAAGCUUGAGACGAAGAAAGUGCUUAGCAAUGUCGAAAAAGCUGGGCUGUUAUCCAAGGCGGAGGAAUUAGGGUUUACGCUGUCUUCGAUUGAGAAAUUGGGGGUUUUUUCUAAAGCUGAGGAAUUAGGGCUUCUUAGCUUGCUUGAGAAGAUUGUCAGCUCCUCUCCCUCCGCUUUGGCCUCCCUUGCUCUUCCUAUUCUCGUGACGGCGCUGGCCGCGAUUGUUCUCAUUCCCGAUGACUCGGUGGCGCUUGUAGUUUUGCAGGCGGUGGUUGGCGGUGGACUGGCGCUUGGGGCUGCCGGAUUGUUGGUUGGAUCGGUGGUGCUGGGUGGGUUGCAGGAAGCUGAUUGAAUAAGUCUUGCCAAGCGCUCGGACAUCAACAAUCGCUUUCCUCGGAGUUGUUCGUGUGAACUCAUCGAAGAAGAAGAUACAGCGAAAAGAGAUCGAAGAAGAAGAUGUAAUAGAAGAAGUCGGAGAAAGAAAGAUGAAAAGGGGAAAAAAAGGAAAAAAAAAAAAAAACAUGGAGAGCACACAAGAAAGUAAGGGCAAUAUUGUAGUUCUACGUGAUCAUGACAUCAUCAAAGCACAAUAUUAUAAUUCCACGUGAUCAUGACAUCAUUGAAGGGUCAUUUGAUAUUUUUUAAAAAAAUUUAGGACGUUUGGCAUUUUGAAUCU